GGCCAAUGGAACCCGAUCCACCCUGCUGUGCGUAAGAGCGCAAUUAAGGAUUUAACCAAGCCUAUGCUGCGCCCCAGCCAGCAGUCUGCCGGAGACAGACACCGCGCCGCAGCCUCCUCCCCCAGACAUGUCUGCUUAGAGCCGAGCAGCCCCGCCGCCAGCCCCAGCCCGCCGCCGGCUCCGAGCUAUGACAGGAGUAUUUGACAGAAGGGUCCCCAACAUCAGAUCCGGCGACUUCCAAGCUCCUUUCCAGACGGCUGCAGCCAUGCACCACCCGUCCCAGGAAUCUCCCACUUUACCCGAGUCCUCCGCCACGGAUUCCGACUACUACAGCCCGGCGGGGGGAGCCCCGCACGGCUACUGCUCGCCUACCUCGGCUUCCUACGGCAAAGCGCUCAACCCCUACCAGUACCAGUACCACGGCAUGAACGGAUCUGCCGGGAACUAUCCUGCCAAAGCCUAUGCAGACUACAGCUACGCCAGCCCCUACCACCAGUACAGCGGGGCUUACAACCGCGUCCAGAGCUCCGCCAGCCAGCCAGAGAAGGAGGUGGCGGAACCCGAGGUGCGGAUGGUGAACGGCAAACCAAAGAAAGUGCGCAAACCCCGGACUAUUUAUUCCAGCUUCCAGCUGGCAGCGUUGCAGAGGAGGUUUCAGAAGACCCAGUACCUCGCCCUGCCCGAGCGGGCCGAGCUGGCAGCCUCCCUGGGACUCACGCAAACACAGGUGAAAAUCUGGUUUCAGAAUAAAAGAUCCAAGAUCAAGAAGAUCAUGAAAAACGGGGAGAUGCCUCCGGAGCACAGUCCCAGCUCCAGCGACCCCAUGGCCUGCAACUCUCCACAGUCACCUGCGGUUUGGGAACCUCAGGGCUCGUCCCGCUCCCUCAGCCACCAUGCCCACGCACACGCUCACCCUCCAAACUCCAACCCGUCCCCUGCAUCCAGCUACCUGGAGAGCUCCACUUCCUGGUACCCCGCUGCCAACUCCAUCAACUCUCAUCUCCAACCCCACGGCUCCCUACAGCACCCGUUAGCGCUGGCCUCUGGGACGAUUUAUUAGAGCCUGACCCUUAUUAUUUUAUUAUUUUUUGUUGUUCCUUGGACUCCUGUGUUUUACUGUUAAGGAAUAAUACAAAAGGAAUGCAUAUGGGGAAUUUUUAAAAGGGAAAAGAAACAAACAAAAAGAUUAAAAUGUGUAAAGCUUGUGCAUGUAACUUAUUGCAUUUCAAAGGAAACCCUUUUUUAUACAAUAUGGACGUUUUUUGGCUCAGCUGUGGACACUAUCAUUGGUGCCUUGAAAUCUUUGACCUCAACUUUUCCAGAGACUUUUUUCAAUGUUAUUUUAACCCUGUAAAUAAUUGUAGAUAGAGGAAUUAAACUGUAUAUUCUGAAUAAAAUAAAAUUAUUUCGACCAAGA